AUGUCGUUGAAUGGCUUGGACGAUCCAAAGGUUCAGGAAGCCCACGAGGCCGCUGUCGCCGAACCAGGAGGAUGGUUCCUCCUCAAGUAUGCGAGUCGCGAUGAAGUCGAAUUGUUAGGUCGCGGCUCCGGCGGCGUGGUCGAAGUGCGCAACAAUGUCGCUGGAUACGAGGAGACGAGCCCUCUCUACGGCUUCUUGAGAUAUCGAAGAAGGAACGUGGUAAUCAAGUAUCUGCCUGAAGAUUGCUCUCGUCUUAUCCAAGCGAGAGUAGCUGUUCACUUCAACGCCGUCUGCGACCGAUUCUCACCCUACGAUACCAUUUUCGAAAUCACCGAAGCCAAGGAACUCAAGGAUACGAAACUAUCGGCCGCAUGCUCCCUGCAUGCCGCUUCAGGGUCAAAUUCAUCAUCUUCAAGCUCGUUACGCCGAAGACGAUUAAUGGAGAUUGCGGAGGAGGAGGAAGAGGAGCAGCAACACCGCGCCACAAAACGCCAAUCAGUUGCCGAGGACGACGAAGACGGCGACAUUCGACCUAAGACAGCCAAGACAAGCCAUGACACUGUCUUGCCUACAGAGACAGUCAUGCUAAACUCAGAGCUUGCCGCAUCUCCAGAGCAUACUAAAUUCACUGACGCUUCAACAUCUGAGCUACCCAACUUCGUUGGCGCUGAUGACAGGCCCGUUUCUCCUUCUCAAUCAGAAGCACAGUCGCGAAUGUCAUCGCAAUCUGGCCGACCCGACUUGUAUUCCUAUUCAUUAUACAACUACGGAAAGCCUAAAGUGAAGCUUGGACCGCGCCCCUCGCUUGAUACAAACGGAAGACCACGCACUGCCAGCACGUAUCGCCCCGUUUCUCAGAUGCCUUCCGGCUUUAAAUUGUUUGGUAAGGGCUCCAAGAAAGAGAAGAAUAGGGACGGCCCCGCCACCGCCGAGAAUACUUCUGUCGAGGACAAAGACACAGUGACCGAACAGGACGGACUACAAAUUGUGCAUACAGAACUCACGCGCCCCGCAACAAGCUCUGGAGUAUCUAUCCCUGGCUCCCCUGUUUUGCCUAUGCCUCCACCCGCCAAACCGACCAUUUCACCGGAAAAGGCGAGGUUAAUGAAGGCUAUGAAGCUCCGAGAGAAAAAGAAGGCGAAUAUGGUAGCUGAGGCGGCGGGUGCUCCAUCACCUCCUCUCGAAUCCCCCAGACCUAGCGAUGACCAUUCAUCUACAGACCGAGUAGAGGAUCAUGAAACUCAACACGAAACGGAAUCCGACCACCCAUCCAUCUCAAAUGCCGACUCUGGUAUUGGACUGGAUGCGUCUUCCGCGUCCAUGAAUAAUGAUCAAGCUUCCGAUCUUGCUCAGACCGAUUCUCACCCUGAUAGCCCAGUCAUUGCAUCUUCAGAACCGGAGAUUUCCACCAAGGCAUCUUCGCUUUCCGAAUCAACAGACGAAACCCUGCACCCAAAGAACGAAGAUGAACAUGACUCGGACGAAGGCGAGAAAGUUGACAAUGUCGAAGUCUCUGAUACAGAAACAAGUGAAGAAAUUGCUGCCGCUGAAGAGUUGACGCCAGUGAUUGACUCCGUUCCAAGCAAGGACGAUGAGAAGAUUGAGAAUACAACGCCAGAGCCUUUAUCAGACACUGGUACCAGUAUUUCAGCUCUUGAAACGACAGUCUCUACUACUAGCAGCCAGCCCACAACGGACCAUGCUCCUGACGCAUUGGAGACAACUGAGGUUUCGGCCAACAUCAGCAAAGUGGACGAGCCGCUGUCCCCCACUAUUGACACAUCCAAGAUCCUCAAAUCGAAGUUCUCGACUCAGGAUCUGAAGACGGAACCAACUCCCGCAUCUAACUCCCCUAACCGAAGUACUCGCCAGAAUAGUCCCAUCAUCGUAACAGAAAAGGAUGAGGAGGAGGAAAACAACGAGGAGCUGCCCGAAACAAAGCAGCAAAAGCGCAAGACCAAUAUCGAGCCUAUCAAAACGGACUUUGCCGAAGACAAGGACCGUCUAUCUGACGAUGAGGACUUGAUGGAAGAGCUGCAUAGCGCAACUCUUCAUGAGGCGAAACCGAUGACUGUUGCUAAGAGCCCUGUCACUCCAGUUUUCCCUAGCCCAACAAAGGGCGAACGAUCUCCGACCAUCGUCCGCACCGUCUCGAACCCUGUCCACGGCAAGCUUCUUGUCCCUGGCGAUGUCACCACAAGCUCGGCGCGAUCUGUGAGCUCAGGAGCUGCUUACUUGCACAAGGUUGCCCAGCAGCCUAACGGACCCAGUCUGACUAGGAAAUCUACUGUGGGAUCAAGUAUCUCGCAACGUAUCAAAGCUCUUGAAAAGCUCUCAGCCCACACUGGUGAGAACACUCUCAGCCCUACACCUACUCCCUCAAGCCGAGAGAGGCCAUCUUCGGCAUUCUUCUCUGUGCGAAGAAGUCGUGAGCCAACUCGGUCUCCAUCCAUUGCCGAUCGAGCUAGCUCUUUCAACCGCCAAAAUCUGCGAACACCACCUUCACGAUCUGGUUCUCGAGACGAGUCACCUGAUAGAGCUAGAAAAUCUCACAGGCAGCGCUCUAACUCUGUUGCCAGUCGCCUGUCUAAGUUCGAAGCACAUGCGCAAGAGCACGGCGGCUCGCCUGAGUCGAUCUCGGUCACUGCUAGAAUAGUACGAGACCCGAGUCAGAACGCAGCCAAAUCACUUGAACCACCAAAGGAUCCAUCAGAGUUCAGCCCAGUGGAACUUAAGGAGUCUCCUCUCCUGGUGGAUCACCAGAAGGCUUCACCAGUAUGGACCCCUGCAGCCCUUGAGCUUUCUAAGGAGACGAUUCUUGAGCGCCGUAUGUCUAAGGAAGGCCGCCGAUCAGAGUCGAAGAGUCGGGAUAAGGAAGACCACUCUCGGCGGUCUUCUCUAAGUGUCGUGAGAGACUUCAUCAACGACCGCCGUAGGUCCCUCACUUCGCCAUCGUCUGAUGCAGGUGGUGCCAAGGGCUCACAGUCCCCCACCCGCCCUCCUUCAAUUCACCAGGGCAAGCGGCUUUCAAUCAGCAGCCGACGGUCAUCCAUCAGUCGCGACAGGGACAACGUGCUUUCCCCUACAGCUACUACUGAGAGCUCAGCCUCCGGUGACGAAAAGUCAAACAGUGAGAAGAAGAAGUCAAGGGCUGGUCGAUUCAUGCGUCGUCUAUCAUCCCUUUCCAGUUCACGUGGUAAGACCACGCCACCUACUAUCCUCUCGCCAACUGUGCACGAAGAGAUGGCAGAGCCUGUUCGACCUGCGACUACUGCCGGCCCCCCAUCCAUCGUGUCCUUCAUGGGUGAUGUCAAUGUGCAGUUCCCUGACAACCUUCUUUGGAAGCGACGUAACAUGUGUCUGGACUCUCAGGGUUUCCUCAUUUUGAGCGCUCUCCCGGCUCAGAGCAGCCGCACCGCUCAAGGCACGAAGCGCUACCACAUGAGUGACUUCCGACCUCCCUACAUCCCUGAUGUCGAGGUUCAGGAGUUGCCCAACAGUGUUGUCCUAGACUUGGUUGACGGUAGUAGCGUGCAACUGGCGUGCAUGGACCGUUCCGGACAGAUGGGUAUUCUUGACAUCCUUCAAGAGGCUCACGCCAGACACGCUACCUCAUUCAGUCUGUGA